GAAUUUAAAUAUUAAACAGCCCUUUCAUCGAUAUUCGUUGCUGUUAUCGAAUGUUUUUUGAGUUGGCAGCCCUCACAGCUGAUGGUGUUGGAAUAGACCAAAAGCGAAUGUGGGUACAGCAGCUGAUUGCGAAAAUCAGCAGGUCAAACAACAACAGCUUCAGGUUCUGGAUCGGUGAAUCGGAAUCGAAAAAGGUCUCCAGAAAAGCCAAUAAAAUGUCAGCUUUCAUCGAGGAAACCAAAAGCCUGUUGCCCCGCAUCGCCUUUAUCGCAUGCGGCUGCUUUAGUCCGCCCACGCCGAUGCACAUGCGGAUGUUCGAAAUAGCCAAAGAUCACUUUGAGAUGCAGGGCACACACAAGGUGGUGGGUGGCAUCAUCUCGCCCACACACGAUUCGUACGGCAAGAAGGGCCUAGCAUCCGCCCUGGAUCGAUGUGCGAUGGUGAAGCUGGCCACCCAGAGCUCCACCUGGAUCCGCCUGUCCGACUGGGAAGUGCACCAGAAUCAAUGGAUGCGAACACAGGCUGUGCUGCAGUACCACCAGAACUACAUUAAUAACGAGCUCAACUCUGGCGGUUCAUGUGGUGAUGGGGAGGAUGAAAAUACUCACAAGGCUAGCUGGCUACCUAGAGGACUGCACGACAGUCGAGACCCUGUGCACUUAAAGCUGCUGUGUGGCGCAGACCUGCUGGAAUCCUUCGCCGUUCCAGGUCUAUGGGCAGAAGCAGAUAUUGAGAAUAUUGUGGCGAACCAUGGCCUGGUGGUAAUCACACGUGCCGGCUCCAACCCAGGAAAAUUCAUAUUUGACUCCGACAUAUUGACGAAAUACCAAAACAACAUAACACUAAUCACCAAUUGGGUGCCCAAUGAGGUGAGCUCAACGCUGAUACGGCGACUCCUCGGACGCGGUCAGUCGGUCAAGUAUCUUCUGGACGAUCUGGUGUUGGAGUACAUCAAGCGCCAGCGCUUGUUCAACGUAAAAUCUAAGUAUAUAACGGAUGCAGUGCGUCCCACCCAUUUGCUCUUUAACCACGCCUACACGGAUAACAACAAGAACGCAAGCAGCUAUUCCGUAGGCGUCCAGCUGGAGCUGGAGCAGGACAUGGACGAGUCGGACAGCCCGAGUCCGCACAUCCAGCACUCUGCCACCUCACGGGUCUUCUGCUGCGGCGAAUCCACGCCGCGGGGCUCCAAGCUGCUGCGCCUCGGUCCCGGACAGGCGGUGCAAGUCAUCACCAUGCAGGCAGAUGUCAAAGAGGAGAGCCAGGCCAAGAAGCAGAAGGUUGCCCAGGUGAAUCUUUAGGCAUAUGAAAGACGAAUCUCUCACGGAUUGAUACAGGAGCUGGCGCUGGAAGCUAUUUGUUGAUACUAUGUGUAAAUGUAGAAUAAACUUGUUCGAGUUGACAA